UUUUAAAAGUAAAAAGUCCAAUGGCCUCUCCGAAGAAGAAAAAAAGAAGUCCAACGGCAACUAAUUAAACUCCCUCAGUCCAGUUGUCUUGCAAAUCGCUCCACAUCUCAGCACUCGCCGGAAAAAGGGAACAGAAAAAGUGUGAUGGGGAUUAUAAGGAGCAGUUUCUCAUUCAUAUCAGGAACUGUUUGCGGAAUAUACAUAGCUCAGAACUACAACGUCCCCAACAUUCGAAAGCUUAUUCAGAACGCUUUAUUCAAGGCCAAAGAUGUCGAAGAGAAAUAUCGCAAGCCCCCUAAGCCUGGCGAUCGCCUUUAGAUUUCACUCUCCUUAUUUCAGGGCAGUUCCAUUUCCAAGAUGGAACUAACUAAUUUUAUGAAGGUUGGCCUCGAUUCUUUGUUCAGAGAUCAAAUUUUCCAAAACCUUACUAUUGCCACCCAGAACCUACACUUGGAUUCAACGUCCGGUUGUGCUCCCUCAUUAUUUUAUAGCCCCAAAACAGUUGCUCUUGAUCUCUCUUUAUUUUUAGCAGCAUAUUGUCUGCAUAGCCUCCAUAAUGUGCGCAACUGUUUUUGCUUGAAAUACAUUCUCAACAUUUUUGAAGAAUUUACUUACCAACCCCUUAUUCAUCCUUUAAGCACAAUUUAUUACCGACCUCAUGACACGUGUCCCAUCGUUUUUUUUUCCUGAAUAGCAUCACUAUGUAUAACUCUGUCCCUUGGUCUUGGUCUGUAAAAAAGAAAGAUAUUUUUCUGGUC